UGCCCCUCGAUCACUUCGCCGACUUCGCCGUCGUAUGUGCAGUGCCUCGUUCACUUGGCGCGUCAGUCUCGUUAGUUCAUGUUGUGAGUAGCUGCGAAUUGUGUAUCGCAGCGUAUUUUGCUUGGUUCGAAGCUACUGCCAGCGUGGCUAUAUAGCGUAGUGCUACGGUUGUGCUUUUGACCGUUGUAAAUCUGCCCCCCGAGUCUACUCAAAAUGAACAGGUUGCAAUGCCUUCGCCAGUAUUGCACAGCCAAGAAGUUGUUUCCACCUGUCAUGACACCGAUGCUACCACCUGGUACCUUCAAGAACAAGGUUGCCAUCGUCACUGGUGGUGGCACUGGGAUUGGCAAGGGAAUGACCGAGAUGUUUGCACAGCUUGGAGCCAGCGUUGCUAUAAUGAGCAGGAAACAAGAAGUCUUGGACAAAGCUGCCGAGGAGAUUUCUUCAAAAACAGGCAGCAAAAUCUUGGCCAUUGCAGCAGAUGUGAGAGACCCUUCUGCUGUAGCCACAGCAGUGGACAGGUGCCUUGAUGAGCUUGGCUUGCCCGACAUUGUCAUCAACAACGCAGCAGGGAACUUUAUCAGCCCUACAGAGAUGCUGUCCACCAAUGCCUGGAAGACCAUCGUGGACAUUGUGCUCAAUGGGACAGCCAUUGUGACGUUGGAUGUGGGGAAAAGGCUGAUUGAGGCUGGGAAAGGUGCAAACUUCCUGGCUAUUUCUGCAACCUACACAAAGCAUGGCUCUGGAUACGUUGCGCCAAGUGCAGCAGCCAAGAGUGGUGUGGAAGCACUCAUGAUGUCACUUGCUGCAGAGUGGGCAAAAUACGGCAUGCGUUUCAACUGCAUUGAGCCUGGGCCUGUCUACACCAAGGGUGCCUUCAGCAGGCUAGAUCCCGAUGGUCGCUUCUCCAAAGAAGCCGUGAAGGGCGCCAUAGAGAGGCAAGGGGAAAUACCCGAGGUUGUCAAUUUGGCAGCGUACCUGGUCAGCGAUUACUCCAGUUGGCUGACAGGAGAGGUUAUUCGAAUGGACGGGGGUCACCUAAACUACAAUGCUAGUGUUUUCAACAGACUUUCCGAUGUACCCAAGGACCAAUGGAAAGCCAUCGAGGCUGCCAUCAGGAGUGCCAAGGGUUCAUGAUUAUUCAUGGUUCGGCUAGAGUCGAGUGAAAUGUGCUCCUCAGCCACAAGGUCUGCUGAGCUCUUUCUUUGUUUGAGCUCCAUACUUGGUGACAACCUAGGAAUUCAGUACAAGAUCCAGCCACGAAGAAGCAUGGUGAUUGCCUUCUGUGCCUCUGUGCGCUGAAACAUAAUUCCAGAGAGAUGCCAAUAUUGAAAGACAUUCGCCUCCACUCUGACAACCCAGAAACAAGCGAAUGUAAUUUGUUGGCACAUGUAUGGAAAUUCUGUUUGGGUUAGAAAGCAGUGUAUUCGCAACUGCAUCCUUAGGCUGUCACAAACUGUAUUUGUAGCGUGAGGUUGUAAAAAAUUGCUGCUGGUUUUGCAGCUUGAACUUACACUUGCAUAUCUCUAGGUUAGUAGUUUGUAAACUUUGCAAGAGUUCAGCUGCAUACUUAUAGCAAACAACCUUAAGUAAAGCAAGAGGGUUGUUAGCCAAAUGAUGACACAUUCAUUUGUGUGAUGGAAAGAGAGCAAGAAAGAGGGCAAGAAAGAGUUCAUAUUGCCUAAGACUGACUGGUUUGUGGAAAAUCAUUGCAAAUGGUGGUUUACUGGCAGCCACAUGUUUGAUACAUUGAAUUUAGGGUGUCAUUUACAUCCAGUAAAUUGUAGAACAGAACCUGGACUGAGCCUCAGUUUUCAUGUAGUUGACAUGCAUGAAACUGUGGUCCUGUUUUUUUCUUCUUCUCUAAUGCAGUAUUGGUAUACACUCUGCGGGAAGUUGUAACUCUUAUGUUUCUGUAGGUGUUGAUGUGGGAACUCUUUGUCUACUCCUUUUAACAGUGGAGGGUUUCAAACAGGAAGUUCUUGUGCCUUAUGUAAAACUAUUUUUUAGAGAAAUAAAAGUUAUAUUUUUACUGUU